CACAGUAGGAGGUUAAAUAUGCUGUACCAUCUGAUUGUGAAUGGUGUUGAAACCAAAGUGACAAUUAACAAAGAAAGUUUGAAAUUUGAAUCGGAUGGAACUGAAAGUAUCACUUAUAUGUUCGAUGACGUCAUAGGAUGUGAAGAGGUCAUGACAGGAUGGGUUUGGAAAACGGAAGUGACGCGGGUGUGGCUAAUCGAACACGGGUCUUCAAACUUAUUACUGAAGAAAUGCAGGGUUGUAUCUGGGGACCAAAGGAGACGUUUCCAACACGAUCUAACAGAGAAGAUAGUAAUGGAAACAAAGCGUCCCAAGAAAGUAUUGGUGAUGAUCAACCCUAAUGGGGGCAAUCGUACAGCCACGAGGGAUUUAAGAGAUAUAGUAGAGCCGGUGUUCAGACUUUCUGGAAUGUCCAUGGAUAUAAUUUUAUCUGAGUAUCCUGGACAUUUGAUUGCUGCUACUAAAGGUUAUGACUUUACCAAUAUUGAUGGGAUCGUACUACUUGGAGGUGACGGGACUUACCAUGAAGUACUUAACGUAUUGAUGAGAAAGAGACAGGAGGAACAAGGCGUGGAUAUUAACGACCCAAAUGCAGCAUUAUCUCCCUUGAACAUUCCAUUAGGUUUGAUACCAACUGGGACAAAAAGUCAUUGGUCAGAACUUCACAUUGGAUCUCUGGAUGUUCUAACGGCCACUCUUCACAUCGUUCAAGGAAAAACCGUGCCCUCUAAUGUAAUGGUUCUAUACAGUAAUGGAAAACUUGUUGCAUUUGUGUGUGCGGGUUUUAGCCACGGAUACCUUUCAAAUCUUGUAAGUCGCUGUGAUAGGAAUUUCCGCUGGCUGGGACGAUCCCGAUACAGGCUUGUAUCCAUGUGGAUGCUCCUGUUUGAAAGCCUCACACAAUACGUUUACGAUGCGAAAGUCACAUUCUACACGUCUGUCACCAAGCGACAAAAUACUGAGACCAACGAGAAAGAGAUCUUUGUUGCUGAUAGAAAGCUAACGGGAUACAGUUCCUAUACUUCCGAUACAGUGACCUAUAACAGAACGUUUUGGGACCUGAUGAAUUUUAACGGUAACGCCAACUUUGACGGAAGUAUCCAUUUAGACGGCUCGAGAAUGUUCGUCCCCAAACCCACCAUGUUUUCUUCUUUUGUGCUGUUCGGUACCAUUCAAUUAGAAUCUGUGCGCAAGGCAUUCAAACAGCUUCGUGAAAAAACUUGCUUGGACCAAUUCCCAAAUGAGCUAGAUGUCUUACCUGUCCGGGGACUCAAAUUGGAACUAACAGGAAAUCCAGAUGAUGCAGAACCGGAUACGUCGAUGGGAAGACGAAAGAUGGUUUUAGAUGGGGAGAUGUAUGAUCUGGAAACUCCAACCUCUGAAUUAUGGUACAAAGAGGAUGUUGUGCCAAUCUUUUCAAGUUAUUUGUGAAUACGAGGACAUGGACAAUAAAAGGAUACUCUGCAUUGCCUAUUUUGAGAACAUACAUGUGUUUAUUUGGGAUUCUAAUGUAGGACUCUGUAAACUCCUUUUCAAUAACAAGUUUCUUGUAAAACACUUUGUAAACCUUUUUACAAAUAUCUACUUCAGUUUUUGAUUUGAUUUUGAUGAAAUUAAUGUGUUUGCCCGAUUAAAAAAUACGUUAGCUACAUAUAUAAUUUCAACACUGUAUCUCAAGUUCAACAGAGGAUGACUUGUAUUUUCUACUUGAAAGUCCACUAUUCAAUAAAAACCUAGAGGAGAAUUUUUGAAUAAGAUAUUUAAAACCUUUCCAAACCUAGUAAUGCUUAACAAUACUGGUCUGUUUACAAGGAUUAUGUGAAAUGAAGAUGCUGAGUUUGCUGUUUUAUUAUGCCAAUAUUUAAUUGUAAAUUUCAAUACAAGAAAACAACAUACAUGUACAAUAUAGUUAUGUGCAUGUAUAAGAUGCAAGUUUACUACUGCAACAUAGUUAAUAUGUGUGUACUAUAUGAAUGUGUGUUUUGUGUGUUUAUUUUGCAUUGAUAGAUGUGAUGGCGAACUCUCUGUUCAUCAUGCAAUGCAAUUGUCUUUGUUUUCCUUAGUCAUGUGCUGUGAUUGUGGACUUUGUCAAUGUAUAUCAUUAUGCUCUUCUGGGGGCCAAAUUGGUUGAAAUAUUCUAAUAACCUUAGUAAUAUAUUAUUUUAAAUCCCCAUUGAUAUUGUGCAAAACUCAUUGGUUGCCUUUUUAAGGAUUUGAUAAUCGGUUUACAUGUUCUUGUAAUCCAACGCUGACAGAAGUAUUAGCGAACAGCUACUUACAUAAUUAGUUUUCCCCCACUAUCACUCCCAUCCCUGAAAAAAGAAAAGAAUAAAAGGAUUGAAAACACUUGAAUACUGACAGUUCACUGUGUCAUAUUUCGUAUAUGUCUUUCAUAAAUUAGAAUGUUACAUGUAGAUACUUAAUCGGGAAAACAUUCUUUAAAAAUGUUUAAUCAUGUAGAUCUGUACAUACGCAAUACAAUGUUUCAAGUUUGUCAUUUUGAAAUCACGACGUCCCUGCAUUUAUCAUUUCUAUUCAUCCAUUUUGACUAGAAUAAUAUCAGCUUUGUCUGAUCGCGAAGUUUUAUGAAGAGAAAAUAAUCAUUCGUUUGCCUCCUGAUGGCAGUGUCCUUUUGAAACAUGUCGCCUGUCCUUUGAAACGAGGCCAAUUCAAGAUUUAAUCACCCAUACCUCCAUUUUUUUUUUUUUACUGAAGACAGACAUACGUUCAAAAUAUUCCUCAUUAAUACGUAGAUAUACUGGUUAGUGUAAUUUUUCUUCAUCGUAUUUGUUUAAUUGUAAUUCAAUUGUUUUAAUUCAGUAGUAUUUUAAAAUGCUUACAAUGCGUUUUGUUUGGAAAGUUUCGAAUGAUAGAAAAUGCCCUAAUUGUUUAGUGUUUGCACUCUAUAUCUAUUAGUGUUGUGGCACAGGACAUUUCAAUACAUUGUAUAAAAUAUUUGAAUGAUAUAUCAUAUCUUCAUUGAUAUGAAUUAAUGUGCAUUGGUAUUCAUUUACAUGUAUUAAAGGUAAAGAUAACGAACAGUGAUCAAUCUCAUAACUCCUAUAUGCAAUACAAUAUAGAUAGUUAGGCAAACACGGGCCCCUCGAUAUACCAGAUGUGGGAUCAGGUGCCUAGGAGAAGUAAGCAUCUCUGUCGACCUGUAUGUAUAAAGACAAAACAAACCUGCCAUGGUAUAUUUCGUUAAGAAAUUUUAUUUUGAAUUUCCCGCUCCGUUAUUAAUUCGAUACCAUUUUCCGUUCUGUGUUUUUUUCAUCGGACCUGGAAGGUGAAGAUAACGAACAGUGAUCAAUCUCAUGACUCCUAUAAGCAAUACAUAAUGUGAUGUAUAUGAAAUAGACUACUGAAGACAGGUUAACGUUAUCAACUGUUGACUGUGCAUGAAAUGAAUCUAUGUCUGUUAUUAUGUCAUAUUAUCAUACACCAUAAAUGUAUUCAUUGUAUUGAUUAGAAAGUGAAAACAAUGAAAGAUGGACGUUUUUGUGUAGUAGACUUUAUUUAUCAGUGUGUUCCCGCACAGCAACUAUACUGGUAGUGUACUAUAAUACUAAGCAAACAUAUUUAGACCCUAACUUUUAAUUUAGAGAUAACGUUAUGUGAUUUUCAAAUUUGAUACAAUUAACCUACAUGUACAAGAACAAUACAACAUUUAGAUAUUUUUUCUCUGUUCUAGUAAUUUGAUGAUAAUAACAAUAUUGUUUUGUAAUUAUUUGAAAAGCAUUUAAAAUUGUAUAGAUUGAAGCUUAAGUUUCUUUGUUUUAUUAUCAAGUACCCCAUUUUAAUCCUCACCCUUAUCAAUUAUUAUAGAAAACAAUGUUACAUACAUGUACUACAUAUUCGUACAUGUAUGAUUAGAAACAGGGAGAAGUAUUGGCUUGGAUGAUUUGUUAGAUUUAGGAAUUCUGAAAAUAUUCAGUUCUUACACUUCCCAAAAAUUUUCCGGCUCAUAAAUUUCGUG